AUUCUCUUUCGUACGUAUUCAAAGUUUGUUGCUGUCAAAAUCAUUCUAUUUUACUAGUUGAACUUAUGAAACGGUUAAGUGAGUACGUGUCGCGUGCAGCAAAUUGAUUACGUAUUGAAACACGUCAAAUAUAAAACUUUAUUGCUAUUUUAAAUUCAAUUUGUACAAUCUUAGAAUAUAUCAUUACGUUAUCAGUUGUUUACUAAGACUUUCAGUUUUUAAGCGCGGACUAAUGAAAUAUUUAUAAUUUUAAAACUCAGUAGUUUCUUUCAGUGUUCUAAGCAAUAUGACAAAAGCUUUAGUUUACAGUUUGUUUGUGUUGUUGGCAUUACAAUCCACUGAUGCUAAAGAAAACUGCAACAAGGAAGAGGAUCUAUUACAAAGAUGUUCCAUGGCAUUACCAGUCCUUAGCUCGCCGGAGAUAUCGUUUGCUCUCACGAGAGAAGAGCUAGAUAAGAGUUGCAUAGAACUUCGUGCCGGCAUCAAAUGUAUAGAUAACUACACACAACUGUGCAUGGAGAAGAACGAGCAAGUCGUGUUCAGAAGAAUAUAUGCGGGCAUUAUAGAUGUAAUUCAAGAGUUGUGUACACGAGGGCAGUAUCAAGACGAAUAUUUGAGACACGCGGAUUGUGUCAAGAACGUGCGGUCGGAGUACGAAACCUGUAGCAAGAAGUAUGAGGUGACGCUGACUACUCUGAGCAGCCAUCAGAAUGAUCAGUAUCAAACGGACCAGAAUGAAGUAGUCGACAAUCACGAAAAACACUUGAGGACUGUUUGUUGUUCAUUCCAAGAGUAUCUUCUGUGUUCGGAGCAUACGGUACAAAGAUCAUGCGGCGAUGAAGCGGCAACGUUCACGAGCACAUUUCUUAAAAGGAUGGCAUCCAAUAUUAUUAAGAACUUCUGUCUAGAAUAUCGCGGACAGGAAUGCGGGUUGCCUGGUAAGGCGACUCGAAGCCAGCACACUGCGACGUUAAUUGGCUUUGCAAUUUUAAUGCAAAUAAUUUAUAAAACUGGCAACUUAGUUCCGGCGUAAAGUCAAACGACAUAAGUGAUGGAAAAAUGGAAUUUUAAGAUUAGAACUACGAGGUAGAAGUAAGGCUUCCAGUUAUUAGAAUGUCAGGAGUUCGUUGCAAGUUUAAAGUUGCAAUAUCUAGUGAAAUGUAAAUAAUUAAUGCAGUUAAAGUGAUUGUACUAGUUCCUUGUGUAUGUUGAAUCUAUUGUUGUAUUUACUAAGUAAUUACCUAUCUAUUGUUAUAAAAGUCAACCUACGUUAAGUUCCAUGCUUUUAUGAGAUACGUCAUGUAAUUAAAAUGCCGAUAUAUACGUUCGUUAUAAAUGACGUAGAAAUUGUCAUAUUUCAACUUUCCACAUAAACCAUAAAAGUACAUAUUAAUCACUAAAGUACAUUAAAAUGUAUUACCGAUAAUUAUUAUUCUUAGGUAUUAUAAAACUGUAUUUUUUGUACUUAUAAGCAUAGUCUGUGUAAUCGUUAAUCAAACUUAAUCAUUAUAAUACGUCCGAUCAAUAUUUUUUUGGUCCAAUAGUUUUAUUAAGUUUCCUGUUUGUUUAUUUUAGAAUGAAAUAAAAAACAUGCGUGAGUUUCGUGGAAUACUCCAUUGGAACGAAGUUCCUUUCGUAGUAUAUUAUUAUUAAUAAACGUAUUAUAUUAUUGAUUAACAAAUACAAAUAAAUGAAUUACUAGCGUCUAUUAAAAUGAAGCGUCAUUUAAAAUAAUAUUUCUUUCAUGGCAAGAAUAGAAUGGAAUAGAAUAGAGUAAUUUUUUAUUCAAUAUAGAUCACAUGUGUAAUUCUUAUUGAAAGUCAUUUUUUACUUUACCACUGGUUCGAAAAAAAACCUCUGUCCUGGGAAGAACCAGCAAGAAACCCAGCGGAUAGAAGACCCAGCAAGAUAAGAAAAAGUGCGAGGGAGAUGGAUAUUAUUCCAUCUGGCUUCCUUAAAGCCGCCAAGGCCGUCUACUCUACGCAGCUGUGGUCGUGACGGAAAAAUCUUACACUUUUCUCGCCUAGCCCCCAUCCGCCAAAUUCGUACCGUCCGAUAAGGAACUUCGUUCCAAUAUUUGAAGUAUACCAUAACAUGGCGUCGUUGGUAUAUCAUUAUCAUCGUUAUACUGUAAAAAUGUAUUGCUGGUCCUGAGACCUCUCCAGCUGUGGAGAAGAUUUGACAUAAUUAUUUGCUCCUCGAUAUUUUACAUCUGAUCUGGCGCAACCAGAAGUGGUUACAACGCCAUCUAACGGACGUCAUGAGUCAACCCACGGAACCAAAUUGAAAUAUGAAUUAUUUUGCGUCACUAUGCAGUUUACAUUGAUAUUUCAUAUGUAUUUCAUUUAAAGUGGAAUUAUUUUAGAUUAAGUAAAUUACUCUCAUAUUGGCAAACUUAUGUUUUUCAAAUCACAACAAAAAUAUUGUCACCAUAUUAGUACUAUAGUAUUUAUUAUAAUUUUAAGCUAAGCUCAGAACGUUCUGUGAUAAUUUGUAAACUUAUAUUCAAUCUGAUUGAUUAAAAUAUUAGCCAUCACUUCAUUUUUUGUAGUAUAUGAGAUUGUUUGUUAAAUUCAUUUAAGUUAUUAUUGUCAUCUUUAAACAAUUUUCAAAACAAAUUUUUAUUGUUAUGUUUUCAAUUUUAGUUGUAUGCACAUUUAAUUUUAACAACCUAACCUUAAAAAAUUAAAACUUAGUGCUUGACUACAAUACUACCUAGUGGUAAGUGGUGAUGAAGCCCAAUCUGUAACUGUAUUUUAAAGAGACAAUGAUUGCUCACAAUAUUUCUCUUAGUUUGGUAGAUUGUGAUUCUUUUGUUUAUAAUUGCAUUAUGAGUCUUUUUAAGUUCAAUACUGAAAAAGAUUCUUUAAAAUUUGCGCCACCAGGCAUUCUGUAAUCGAACAAUUUUCUUUCACUCGCCGCGCUUGCCAAGCUGGUAAGAUAACGAUAAACGCAUAUUCGAUACUUUCCUAUGGCCUGCGGGUAAUGUUAAUCCAUAUGAUUAGUUUAAAAUUUUGGCUCAACGUUAUUUCAUGAUUUGUUCACAAAUAGUCGGUCGCCAAAGCCUCGUCUGCCAGUUAGCACUAUGCAGCGUAUAGGAAAGCGUCCAUUUUGUUUAUAAUACACCAAAACUCAGUUCUACACAUUGAAACACGUUACGUGGCAAGUCGCUCAGGCGAACCGCCUGUGUAGCUGGCCGAUAGUGCGUAUCAACACUAAGAUGGAAUUUCAUUAAUUCUAUAUUUUUUAUUUUUUCUGACUAUUGUGAUUUACAUCUAAUGAAAUGUAUUUCCUAUUUACUGUUAUCAAUCCAAUAAUUUAAAGUUAAUUUAUCUUCUAAGGUGAGGGAGGUUUUGGAGAAAGUUUGUAUUUUCCCUCUAACAGUGGAUUUAUUUUUUUAAAUUAUUAUAAGCCAAUGCUUGACUAUGCUCCGUAUCUUAUAUCGUAUCUUAGCGUAGUAAAAGCCUAUUCAUCAAUUUGUAUGUUUGCACAAAUAUUGGCUUCUUCGAAUAUGUGUAUAACCGACCGCUUAUAUACAUAUAGCCUGGAUAAUACGGUGUUGUAUUUCCACAAAAUCCAAUUUACUGCUGUUUAUUUUAAAUCUAACCCAACCUAAUCAGUUUUAAUAAAUAAAAUUAAAAUAUGUUAUUUCAUCCCAUUGACAUUAUACCUAUUAUCAUUAUAUAAUCACGUCCACAUAUCAUUGUUACAUACACGUAAUGUAAUAGUUAAAAAUAUUGUUCAAUGUAAAUAGUUUUAAAUGAAAUAUGAAAAAGUAUAAAUAUGGAAACAAUAUUACAAUGAGAAAACAUAUUCAUUAUUUGUAUAAUAUAUUAAUAAAAAUAUUGGUUCUACUUC